GCAAAGACAGCUUAGUGGAAGCUGUACAAGGAAUCCCUUACGCGUUUCCCAUUUUGUCAUCGUUUUUCUCACUUCAAAAGGUGACAAAAACCAUUUCAAAUCCAGUUCUCUUUAGCAACCUCCACCCCACGAGUCAUGGCUUUCAACUUCGAUCUGUUCUUUUUGAUUCUUGUUACAAUACUACCCUUUGCGAUCUCCCAGACUAACAACGUUGCACCGGCGCCUGCGGCCAGUGACUGCAAUGGGAUUUUCUUGUCCUACCAAUAUGAAGGAGGAACCCAGCUUAAGCCUACCGAUCCCGCCCACCAGCCCUACAGAUUCGAGUCUACGCUUAGUAUACAAAAUAGUGGACUUGAUGAGCUCAAAUCUUGGAAGGUCUUUGUGGGUUUUAAAAAUGAUGAGUUUUUGGUCUCUGCAUCUAAUGCUAUUCUUGCUGAUGGAACUAGCUUGCCUGCAAAUGUUGGUAAUGGUACUGUUUUUGCUGGGUACCCUAUGACUGAUCUCAAAACGCCAAUUGAGACUGCUGGGGAUCCCACUCAGACGUCGGUUCAGGUUAAGCUGCUCGGGACCCAGUUCGGUGUCCCUUUGAAGGAUGUGCCCUGGCCUUCUAAUGUCACGCUUGCUAAUGAUGGGUUUGUUUGCCCUAAGACUACCACGGAAGGUAGUAUGAUGUAUGUUUGUUGCACCAAAGAUCAGAACUUUAAAUCAAACAUCACUGUGGAGGAGGAGUUCCUGCCUCGCCAGAAUGGGGAUCUUACCAUCAUGUAUGAUGUGAUCAGAACGUAUGAUUCCAAUUAUUGGGCACAGGUUACCAUUGAAAAUCACAAUCCCCUUGGUCGUCUUGAUAACUGGAAAUUGAGCUGGGACUGGAUGACAGAUGAAUUUAUCUACACCAUGAAAGGGGCUUAUCCCUAUGUUGUUGAUUCAUCUGACUGCAUAUUUGGCCCACAAGGUACAUUCUAUAAGGAACUAGACUUUGCCAAUGUAUUAAACUGUGAAAGAAGGCCAACAAUAAUUGACCUGCCUCCGACAAAGUACAACGACACAAACCUUGGGUUGAAACCCUUCUGUUGUCGAAAUGGUACAAUCUUGCCACCAUCCAUGGACCCAAGCAAGUCAAUUUCAGUUUUCCAGAUGCAGGUUUUUAAAAUGCCUCCAGUUCUUAAUCGGUCUGACCUCACACCACCGCAGAAUUGGAAGAUCAAUGGCACACUUAACCCUGAUUAUCAAUGUGGUCCCCCAGUAAGAGUGAGCCCUAGCCAAUUCCCAGACCCUAGUGGCUUACCAUCAAAUUCAACUGCAGUUGCUAGCUGGCAGGUAGUAUGCAAUAUUACUCAUCCCAAGGGAGUAAGCCCCAGAUGCUGUGUAUCAUUUUCUGCUUACUACAAUGAUUCUGUUGUUCCAUGCAAUACCUGUGCAUGUGGAUGCCCUGCUAGCACGGCAAGAACUUGUAAUACGACUGCUCCUGCUGUUCUUCUUCCACCAGAGGCACUGCUUAUACCUUUUGAUAAUCGGACUGCAAUGGCUAGAGCUUGGGCUGAACUUAAACAUAGAACAGUGCCAAACCCAAUGCCCUGUGGAGAUAACUGUGGGGUCAGCAUGAACUGGCAUGUUUAUACAGAUUAUACUCGUGGGUGGAGUGCAAGGAUCACAAUCUUCAAUUGGGAUGAAAUUGCAUUUCCUGAUUGGUUUGCUGCAGUACAAUUGGACAAAGCGGCUACUGGUUUUGAAGCAAUGUAUUCAUUCAAUGGAAGCAUUGUGAAUGGCGUCAACAAUACCAUAAUCAUGCAAGGGCUUCCAGGGUUGAACUAUCUUGUUGCUGAAACUGAUGGAGCUGACCCACAAAAGAAUCCUAGGGUACCUGGAAAACAGCAGUCUGUAAUCUCAUUUACUAAGAAAUCUACGCCCGGACUUAAUGUGGCUGCUGGAGAUGGUUUUCCAACUAAAGUGUUCUUCAAUGGGGAGGAAUGUUCACUUCCUAAAGUAUACCCCACAAGCAACAGCAAUAGAAAGGGGCCGGCUGUAAAUUUAUGGAUCCUCCUAGCGACUCUGGUGUUCAUGCUGAUGCAGCAGUAGCUGUCAGAUGAGUAACUGCUUGGUUCUACUGUGGCUUCUAAUUCUUUUCAUUCUUUCAGGAUUUCAAUGUACACAUGCUUAUCCAGGAGGUUUCACAUUACAAGAAUUUCCAGAAGAUACGCACACCGAUAUUAGUAUAUAUGGAGUUUUGUAAAUUUGAUUAUUGUCAGCAGGUGUGCUGUUGUCUACACAUUCUGAAUGAUAUAUACAAUACUUUAACAGCAUUUUUAAAAGCGAAUGUACAAUUUGACAUCCUGUGUAGGAAUUAUUGAACCGUGUUAGUGAUUGGUCAGUUCAGGCCUGUGACCCUGUGUGCUUCAUUUUUCA